AUGCCUGGUAUCACGUGUGUACGACGAGACAUCAGACAACGAGCCUGCUUGGACGAUUUAAUUCCACAUCCAAUGUGGUGUAGUGAUGUAUGCCUGGAUGAUGUUAUUCCACAGCCGAUAUGGUGUAAUGAUACCUGCUCGGAUGAUGGAAUUCCACAGCCGAUAUGGUGUAAUGAUGCCUGCUUGGAUGAUGGAAUUUCACAUCCGAUAUGGUGUAAUGAUGCCAGCUUGGAUGAUGGAAUUCCACAUCCGAUAUGGUGUAAUGAUGCCUGCUUGGAUGAUGGAAUUACACAGCCGAUAUGGUGUAAUGAUGCCUGCUUGGAUGAUGGAAUUACACAGGCGAAAUGGUGUAAUGAUGCCUGCUCGGAUGGUGGAAUUACACAGCCGAUAUGGUGUAAUCAUGCCUGCUCGGAUGAUAGCAUUACAAAACCGGUAGGGUGUAAUGAUGCCUGCUUGGAUGGUGGAAUUACACAGCCGAUAUGGUGUAAUCAUGCCUGCUCGGAUGAUAGCAUUACAAAACCGGUAGGGUGUAAUGAUGCCUGCUUGGAUGGUGGAAUUACACAGCCGAUAUGGUGUAGUGAUGCCUGCUCGGAUGAUGGAAUUACACAGCCGAUAUGGUGUAAUGAUGCCUGCUUGGAUGAUAGCAUUACAGAACCGAUAUGGUGUAAUGAUGCCUGUUCGUAUAUUGUAGUUACACGAGGCGAAAGCAAAAUACAGCUCUGUGAACACCCAACGUGA